CAAUAAUAUUACGAUCAAGAAAACCGUACGCGUACCGGUACGAGUAACGGUAAAUUGGAGUUGCUACCACGAACGUGCUGGAUGAUGAAAGAUCGAGCGAGAAAGAAACAAUUCGGCUGGGUAAUCCCGAAUCACAUAGUAGUUGCCAUGAAAACAGCCGAAGAACCAAAUGAUUUCAACGAGAUCGUCACCAAUAUCUUCAACGAUAUUGGUGGAACUGACAGAAGCAAUAAUGAUUGCUGUAGCCAAAGUCACGGUCCAUCCAACUCAAAUCAAAGUUGGUGUGACAUAAAAUCAUCAAGACGGGAUCCUGAAAUGCAAGAAAGCGACUCAACGAUGCGAAUAUCAGAUAACGGUAACGGGAUUAUGGACUUGUCUUUAAGCCUGGACGGGGACAUGAGGUUGGGCCAUGAUUGUGACCUAGAUAACUCCGAUCUGUGUCCCGAUCCCAGUCAAACUGUAGAUUCGAGAGAUCCAUGCAAACAGGUAGAUGAUUUGCUUUCCAAGGAAUUAAUGGACUUAUCUGUAAGAGAUCGCACUUCUAUCUACGAAGAAUUACAUGGUGUACGCAGUUUGGCAAUCAAAGAAAACGACAGCGAGAUCAACAAAGAUAUUGUAACGAAGGCUUUAAACGAUCUCAAUCAUACGCUAGAACACCGAAUUCCAGCCCACAAAAAGACAGCAUUUUUGAAAGCCCAGAGUUUUUUAUACACAUCAGGGACAUACGUCAACGAUCUCACAUUUCGCUUGAAGUUCUUGCGAUGCAAGUUAUUUGACGUCGAUGCAGCAGCCUUGUUACUGGUCAAUUACUUGGAGCUCGUGCAAGAGCUAUACGGGGAUAUCUGUUUGAGCUGCCCUAUCCGUCUGAUAGAUGUUCAGACGACGAAAGAAGAACGAGUGGCCUUCCGAUCUGGCUUCAUUCAAUUGUUGCCUUAUGGAGAUCGCGCCGGUCGAAGGAUAAUCAUGAUCACUACCGAUGCAUUGCUUUAUAGCACAUACAUCAGAGUACGUACGAGCCUUCGAUAUAAACAUACGCGGUUUCUGUUGUUUAUGGUUGCUUCGGAGUGAAAUUGCACCGUUUAUUUCAAAACUGAAGUCUUUGUAUUUUCAUCGUGCAAUUUUUACAGGUCAAAAUAUUUUUGUACAUAUGGACGGUCGCUUCGAACGACGUUGCGACCCAACAAAACGGUGCUGUCUUGAUUUGUUGGGAUGGACGGAAAGAUAUGAAACUGCCCAGCCCAAGCGAACAGCAGCUCGUGAGAAAAUUGUUUUCGGCGAUACCGCUCAGAAUAUGCGGAAUUCAUUUUUGUUUCCCGGAUUCCCACUUUUAUCGGAUGGCACGGGCGAUUUUUUCACUUACAGUCGGAGGCGCCGAACACCGAAAUCGAUUAAGAUUUCACAUCGGGGAAGAAAUAGAACUGAAAUACCAACUCGGAACUUUUGGGGUGCCUGUCUGUCAAAUACCGAUAACAGAAACAGGCAAUGUCAAAACAGGAAACUUUCACAAGUGGAUUGCGAUGCGAAAGAUUGUAGAAGAAAAGAAAUCUGCGGAUGCUGCGUCUUUGAGCCACAGACAAAGCCAAUUGCAACUACAGCCGUUUUUACAGACAAACGUAAUGAAUUGGAAUAUUCAGAUGCAGCUUCAGGCAACAUUGAUGUCUACACAGUACAUGAUCAAUAAGAACAUGAGCACCCAAAAUGGUACCAAUUUCAACCCAACGACAUCAUUUGUUGAGUAUCCUGGCCUCAAUGACGUUGCUUUUCGCAAAGGAAUGUCAUUGAUGCACCAUCCUGGAAAUGACUACUUCCACGGAUUGAUUCAAUCAAAAAUUCUUGAGCACGAUGCAGCAUCUCAAUCUGGGAAAGCCAGGAUUGCUUGGUGGGUAGUUGAUGAAAUACGGAAACGAAAGGGACGUUUUCUGUCAUGGGAUCAACAAGGCUGGUGGGUCGUGCUCGAAGACGAAUCAAAGAUAAGGUUGAAGGUUGCUGUCUUCUUUCGAGAAUGGAAAAAGCACCGGAGAGCGGAGCAAAAUCGCCAAACGAUAAGUAGGAGCAUGAAAAGCACGUACAAAUUUCAGCGAUUACAAGGUUCUAGAGGGAUGAAAUCAUGCCUGUCGUUAUCGUCUUCGGAUGACUCCGAUAUAGAAUCCAUCAAUAAUUAGAGUCUGAACAAUUUGAAUCAUACAGGGAAGUUCGGACACGACGCGAGAUGAUUGACCACUACGAUACCAUUUGACUUUCAAUUGGAACAAUUGCGCACAGUGAAUCUAUAUUUCAUGACCCAAAAAUAGUUUAGAUCGGAAUCCUAGAACUUCGUCACGAAAAAACAUAAGAAUUUCUUCUCAUACAUUAAUGUUCACCAAAGUGAGAGCGAAACUAAAAAUAUACCACAUUCAUGUUCUAUUCAAUUCUAUUCCGACGGUCUUUUACGCCUCAAAAUACGGUUGACAAGGUUUCCGAUACGAGAUCGAAUACGAAAGCGGCCCGCAAUGGAUUUGGAAUCUAUCUCCUCUUUCUCAUCCUCGAGAAUGACUUGCUCAUCGGUGAUAGAAGAAGCUUCAUUGCUUUCUGCCACUUUCACUUCAACGCUAGUGUCAUGUUUGGUAUCUUUACUUUCUUCUUCAGUUGCCUCCUCGGUCGCGAUAUCAUUUGCAGGCUCGAUUUCUGCUACCAUUGCUUUCUUGAUCCMAUUGCCAUUCAUAGAUGCGGAUUCUUCUGCCAACGCUUCCGUGGUCUCGUCGUUUUUCAUUUCCCUUGCUUCUGCAAUAACUUCCUCGGCCUUGUCGUCGUUUACAUCCUCAUCUACAAAAAAGACGUCUACUAUAUUUUCCUGGAUCCAUGGUGUCGUGCCCAACGCUAAGCCUAUUCGCAAAGGGACGGCGAAUCUCGCAAAAUUCACGAAGGCAAAGGCCUCGGCGCCCAAUUUAGAUAGGUCGUCUUUGUCCUGAAAAUCUGGCCAGUGUCUUUUUGAAUCCAUCAAAAUAGUAAGAGCAGUGGGAAAUGGUUAGCGACACAGCAUUGGAAUGUAUUCAAAAUCUGGUGACUGACGAGGCAAAAGUUUUUCGUGAAGAAGAUAUCGAACAAUAGAACACUCACCCUGUGACCUCUCUAUAUCCGAAAAUACAGACGGGAACGCUUAUUGUCCAAAAUGCUAAUUCCCAGGCGGCAUAACUGAUGACACCAGCGACACCCGAGUCCUUGAUUUGUUGCAUAAGAUUUUCCUCUUCCGAUUCAUCGCUUUUUUCCGCCUCUUUCAUCAUUGCGUCGAUACCAGCGUCCAUUGCGACAGGAAUUUUUUCUGGGCCGGACUCCGUCGAUUCGGAUUCUGAUAAUUCCGUAGUUUUGUCUGUGCUGGUUUCUUUCUCUAGUUUGGUCGUUUUCGGCGACGACCACAGCAAUGUCCUUCCGGAAAUACUCGCAAUUGGAAUCGGAGCCCUGCUCAUCGUCGCGAAGGCAUCGACAGUAACAAAUACAUCGUGAUAAAUGAUGAAAAACAAAAAGAACAGAGAGAGGAACGACACCAUCGUUUGUAUCGUCUUGGUCGCCGGAGAUGCAAUUCCUACUUUUCCUCAGGAAGUAUUUUGUAUUGGUACGUUUCAAUGUUGCUGUGGUUCUGGAGUGUAAGCUUACGUGCAGUACUCGUACUCCUUGGUAGUUGUGGAAGCAACAAGACAAGUUUUGUUUGACAGGUGUGCUUUGUGUAUUUUAUUGUUUUUCAAGUGUGUUCUGUACUUUUUUCUGAAGUUCGUCUUCUUAGUUACAGGAGAGACAUACGGUACAGAAUGGAAACACAGGCGGUUUUUCUUUACGAAAAAUAGAGAUUUUUCUUUGGAGAGCUGCUACGUCGAAUAGAGUACUUGGGCUACACAGUUUUUCUCUCUGCAUACCGUACCCGUUGACGCCGGACUUGAAGCUACAGUAAGAUACUUUUUUCUCGUUUUUUAUUGAUUCUUCUUACAAUUUACUGUAUUCCUCUACAUCAUGUCAGUCGUGCUUGUGUCCCAUCUUAAGAAAAUCGAUUUUAAAUUUGGGAAAAGAGUCUGAAAUAAUUGUGUGACGCCGAUAUGAAUUGACAAUCGUUUGGUCAUCGAAGGUAAGAGCAAAGUACUCUCAAUCGGAGCUCAAUGAAAAACUUAUCGGUUGCUUCUUGUCUCUACGAGAAGGAAGUUUGGAACCGACUCUGAAAGAAAAGAAUGAAGUCAAGUCAAGUCGGUGUUCAUGCCCAGAUAAAUCAAUUAAGAGUACCGUACGUGUCAGAUGGUGGAUCACACAUCUAGCAGCCUCCCAUCUGGUGAGCUACGCAACUAUCACACACUGCCUCAAUUCCUGACUCGCCAUACUGUAGAAAGAUCUAGAAGGUGUGUGCUCCAAAUAGCACAGUGCGAAAGGAGCAAGGGAAAGCAACGACGAAUUUCGACGAACUCGACCACCAAUGAAGUCAGCGAUUAGUU